AUGCCUGCAACCCCGAGUUCUCCUCGCCAAAACAGCCGGCCUGUCACUGGUUUCAGGUUCACCGGAAAAACACAAAUUUCAACUCCGCGGCCUUUAUCUCAUCCUGACUUUGCUCCUGUCCUCGAAUACCUCGGGCAGAAAUUGCAUCCUCUUGUCAGCUGCACCACUGCCCAAAUCUCUCUAGAUUUCCCUCCGACUAUGCUUUCUUACCAUCUACUCACAAACACUCAGCUCGAUGACCUCGCACAGUAUUUCCACCAGACUUCACCUCCUGUACCAGAAACCUACAUGUACCCAUCUCCAAUCCAGAACCCAUGGGUUGGUAUUGAGGCCCAGAGGGAUGUCGAUCUCGAGACCAAGCGUCGCCGCUUUGGACACUUUAUCGGGCUGCGAGGCUGUGAUCCUCCAGUGGCGGAGCAGACCUCAUCCUUAGAGCCAUGCCAGAUAGAUCUUGGAACAAUGGCACCGAUCACGGUUGAUGAGUCUAUAUCAAAUCUCAUUGCUCCGAGUAUGGAGGGUCAGAGUGUAUGGGAGAUGCUGUUAUUUAUGGAAAGAGAGUGGUAUGCGGCUCUGGCACAAGCGCAAGCUGAGCAGUAUCACUCGUUUGGGUGGAAAUAA